AUGUCGUCGUCAAACGAACCAUUUUAUCUGCGGUACUACUCUGGCCACAUGGGCCGUUUUGGUCACGAAUUCUUAGAGUUCGACUUCCGGGUUGUUGGAGACGGUCGUAGCGCGGUAGCCAGAUACGCCAACAACUCCAAUUACCGAAACGAUAGCUUGAUUCGAAAAGAGAUGUGUGUAAGCUCCGUUAUCGUCGAUGAAAUCAAGCGCAUUAUCAAAACAAGCGAAAUCACGAAAGAAGAUGAUUCAAAAUGGCCGCAGAAAAACAAAGACGGACGCCAGGAGCUGGAAAUCCGCAUUGGUAACGAUCACAUUGCGUUUGAGACCGCCAAGAUUGGAUCCCUAGUCGAUGUCACAGAGUCCGCUGAUCCCGAAGGGUUGCGAGUAUUUUACUACCUCGUCCAGGAUUUGAAGGCCCUGGUUUUCAGUCUCAUCGCGUUGCACUUCAAGAUCAAGCCUAUCUAA